UUAGACGUUAAAAAUAGACGAUUGAUUAAUUAAACAUUUGGAAGAUUCAGAUGAAAUAGAACCCUGACAAGAUAACAAAAAUUAAUAUGACACAAGAAAGUGAUCAUAAAUCAAAAUUGGUCGAUAAGAGACGCACAAAAGACUUGCCACCCACAAAGGUUGUUGUUCGAAGACUGCCACCAUCGUUGACAGGAGAGACAUUUUUAGAGCAGGUCUCACCUCUGCCAAACUAUGAUUUCUUUUACUUUAUGAAAGCUGACCUUAGCCUUGGUGCAAGUGCCUUCUCUCGGGCAUACAUAAACUUUCAGAAUUAUGAAGACAUUGCAAACUUCAGGGACAAAUUUGAUGGUUACAUAUUUGUUGAUGCCAAAGGCAAUGAGUACCCAGCCAUCGUGGAGUUUGCAACCUUCCAGAAAGUACCAAAGAAAAAAAUGAGGAAACCAGAUUCCAAAAAAGGAACAAUUGAACAGGAUCCUGACUAUGUGAAGUUCUUGGAUUCGCUGACAAACCCCGAGACAGAAGAGGUGGUAUCGUUAGAUACUUACCUUGAGCAACUAGAGGCAAAGGAACGAGAGGCCAAAGCCACCAAAGGUGGGCCAAAAGUCACCACACCACUGAUAGAAUUUAUUAAGAAGAGGCGAGAAGAAAAAAGAAAUUCUAUUUUGAGGGCAAGAGAAGAAAGAAGAAAGCGUGAACUGGAACGGAAACAGAUGCGAGAUGAUGAAAGAAGAAAAAGGAAAGAACGCGAAGCAGAAAGAGAGAAGGAUAGACAAAGACAGAAAGACAGACUGAGGGAAAGAGAAAAGGACAGACAAGAAGAGAAAAGCAAGGAUGGUCCAGUCAAGCUUUUAAAAAAUGUGGAGAGGGAUACUGAUGGAGAUGAAAACAAAAACGGUAAAAUAGAAAGUGAUAAGUCUGACAGUAAAUUAAAUGAUAAACAGAGUGAUAAAUCUGCUAAUGAUAAAUCUAGUGACAAAAAUAGUGAACCGAAAAAGGAUAAAGAAAGUGUGGGUACUGACAAAGAUAGUAAAACUAAGGAUGAUAAAUCCAAACUAAGAUUUUCUAAGGAGAAUAGAGAAAAGCAAAGAGAACAACGAGAAGGAAGAGACAGAAGAGAUGACAGAGAAAGAGGAAAAUCUAGUCCAGCAAAGAAUGAACGCCCAAGGUCAGGUAGAGAUGAACCAAGAGAUAGAGAUGACCGCCGAGAUGACCGUCGACAGGACAGACAAAGGCCAAAAUCUUACAGGGAAGAUAGAGACAGAAGGUUAAACAGAGAUCAAGAUUAUUACAGGGAUGAAAGACCUCGAUCUGGGCCUCCAAGGAGAGAUGAUCGGAGGUACAGGGAUGAUUAUAGGGAUACUAACAGAAAUAAUAAUAAUAGCCGGGAUUCCCAAAAAUUGGGUGCAGGAGGUAAUUCGAGAUCUGACAGACUAAGUAAUAAAUAUGAUUCCAGGGACAGAAAACCUGAUAAGGAGUCUACAAGGUCGGACAGUUCUGAUAAGGGAUCUAAAUCUGUGAAAUCGGAAGGAGAUGUGAAGAGUAGUUCUACAGAACCAGCAAAAUCUGUAAAAGAGAAGGACUCGAGUAAACCUGAGAGAGAGAGAACAAAGCCUGAGUCAGAGUCUAAAACACAUGAAGACAAUUCCACUGAUGGAACAGCUACAAAAGAUGGUGAACAAGGAACAGCGUCCGAUAGACGGAAAAGAAAGGAUCGCCCAGAAAGAGCAAUAUAUGAUCCGAGGAAGGCAGCGGAGAGGAGACAAGGGGCAAAAAAGGAAGGUAGCAGCAAGGAGGACACAAGUCCAAGGGACAGUCCGAGAGAGAGUUCUCAACCGAAAGAUGAAGGAACUCCUGUAUAGGAUGAUAAACUUUAUCACAGUGAUAUAGUUUGACUGCAGAUUGUGCGUUUUAGCGCUUGAAAAUGACUUAGACUGGCAAUUUUAUUGCUUUUAUGCAAGGGAAUGUGGGUGGUGAAAGAUGUGUACUUAAAAGAUGGAGAGAAUACAUUGUGUUGAACAAAUGUAGUCUGGAAACAUUUAUUGCUGGUGUUGUUUUGUUCAGUUUAUGAAUAAAUAUUGUCAAAUUA